CAACAGUGGGUUUAACGGGCAGGAAGUCGAUAUGUUUGCCACCGGAAGCGGAAGUUCUUUCCUUUCUUGUUUCUGCUCGGCAAAGAGACGCACUCAGCAGACAUGGCUCCUCGCAAAGGGAAAGAGAAGAAGGAGGAGCAGGUGAUCAGCUUGGGUCCUCAGGUGGCUGAAGGAGAAAACGUAUUUGGAGUCUGUCACAUCUUCGCCUCCUUCAACGACACCUUCGUCCACGUCACAGACCUCUCUGGAAAGGAGACUAUCUGCCGCGUGACCGGAGGGAUGAAGGUGAAGGCUGACCGUGACGAGUCAUCUCCGUACGCCGCCAUGUUGGCAGCUCAGGAUGUGGCUCAGCGCUGCAAAGAGCUGGGAAUCACAGCGUUGCACAUCAAGCUGAGAGCCACUGGGGGCAACAGGACAAAGACUCCUGGACCUGGAGCUCAGUCGGCUCUCCGGGCUCUGGCUCGCUCUGGGAUGAAGAUUGGACGCAUCGAGGAUGUAACUCCGAUCCCAUCAGACUCUACCAGGAGGAAGGGCGGGCGUCGUGGUCGCCGUCUGUAAACAGCUGUUAAAUUUCAUAAUAAAAGCCUGAAGUUGUGA